AUUCUGAGGAAAAAGGGAUCAGAUUACCAAAUCUUGAGAAUCAGCGUGGGUAAACAGCUUUCCAUAAUUUCUGCCAAUUGUUUCCAUCUAAACUUGAGUGUAUAUAAAGGAGGUGCAGAGAACAUGGGCUUCACAGUCUUGAGCUCUUUACACAGCAGAGAAGAUUCUUCAAAAGCUGAGGAGAGGAAAUCACUGCAAAACAAUACAAGGCUUUACUUCAACUUGAGACUCAUCCUCUUUGAAGAUUAAUCACUACAUUUAGACAAGGAUGAAGACUGUAAUCCAGUGUCUCGUUCUCCUGGCCUGCGCUUCAUUGUACACUUCACAAAUUAUUGCGGACUGCCAGUGUGUUAAAACAAUCAAGGGUGUAAACUUCUCUCUCAUUGCUGAUGUCAAGGAGUAUGGCAUACGUCCAUAUUGCAACAAGAAAGAAGUCGUUGUCAUCCUGAAAGAUCAGAGCUCACGGUGUCUUGACCCCAAACAAAAAUCCACCAAAGUGCUCCUGAGAAGAAUGCAAGCGAGGAAGGCAACUACUGCUAAGAUGAACACCACCAGACCACAGACAAUGUCAACCACAAUGGCCACAUUAUUUUCUGGACUUAAAUAAAAGCCAGUAGAGAAAUCCCAUCGGCCUUCAUCGAAGGAACCAGGGUGGUGCUAUCCCUACAAGACUUUGUUGUACGCUACUAUCUAGUAGCUUUGUUUUAAGCAUCAUGCCUAUGACAUGCUGUUUUAUUAUAUAUUCAACCUGCUGUCAGUACAGUAGCUACCUCUUUAUAUUAUAAUCCACCCCUUUCACACAACAACUACAGCCUAUAACUAGUUAGCUUAGUUUUAGGCUGAUAGUUUGGUUGUAAUGGCAGCUUCCUGUAUAGUGCUAGAGGGCUACAUUGUAUUGUCACAGCACUGUAGCGGGUCAACCAGUGGCUCAUGGGAUGGAUAUCAUGUCAUAUUCUCAAGUGGAGAAGAAAAAGUUUUGUAAGAGUGAAACUAAGUUUAGAAUGUUUGCUAAAUGUUCUGAUGUGAUGAAAAAAAACAUUAAAUCUAUGCCAACAUGA